GUCACGACCAGGGCACAUGAGCUCAGUUCCUCAAUUGCCAGAGGCUGAGAGGAGCAAAGGGGGUGGUGUGGUCCAAACCCAAGCUCCUGCUCUCCCUCUUCAUCCCCGGGAGAGACAUCCGACCCCUAACUUCUGUUGCCUCUCCUGAAACGCGCACUAGCAGGGUUGUGCGCUCUAGCCCAGCACAUCCGCGCGCGGCACCAGGGCGCCAGCACCAGCCAGAGGCGAUGCGUGCAGGGGGGCGGGCAGCUGGGUUCAGGCGGCCUGAGUAGGGCCCGCCAGGAGGCAGGGAGGCUGUGGGGUUAGAACCCCGGCUGCGCGGCAAGCAGAGGCCACCUUUGCUCCACACCACACCUGCUGCUGCUGCCACCACCGCCCCACCGCGAUGAGCCGCGUGAUCUCUCUGCUGCUGGGCGCUGCGCUGCUCUGCGGCCACGGAGCCUUCGGCCGCCGGGUGGUCAGCGGCCAGAAGGUAUGUUUCGCUGAUGUCAAGCAUCCCUGCUACAAGAUGGCCUACUUCCAUGAGCUGUCCAGCCGCGUGAGCUUCCAGGAAGCACGCCAGGCUUGUGAGAGCGAGGAUGGUGCCCUUCUCAGCCUUGAGAAUGAAGCAGAACAGAAGUUGAUAGAAAGCAUGCUGCAAAACCUGUCAAAGCCAGGAACAGGGAUUUCCGAUGGGGAUUUCUGGAUCGGGCUCUGGAGAAAUGGAGAGGGGCACACGUCUGGUGCCUGCCCAGAUCUCUACCAGUGGUCUGAUGGAAGCAGUUCCCAGUACCGAAACUGGUAUACAGAUGAGCCUUCCUGCGGAAGUGAAAAGUGUGUUGUGAUGUAUCAUCAGCCAACGGCCAACCCCGGCCUUGGAGGUCCCUACCUUUACCAGUGGAAUGAUGACAGAUGCAAUAUGAAGCACAAUUACAUCUGCAAGUACGAACCAGAGAUUUAUCCAACAGCUCCCGUAGAAAAGACUUAUUUUACAAAUCAACCCGGAGACACUCAUCAAAAUGUGGUUGUUACUGAAGCAGGAAUAAUUCCCAAUCUAAUCUAUGUCAUUAUACCAACGAUCCCCCUGCUCUUAUUGAUACUGGUUGCUUUUGGAACCUGCUGUUUCCAGAUGUUGCAUAAAAGUAAAGGAAGAACAAAAACUAGCCCAAAUCAGUCCACACUGUGGAUUUCAAAAAGCACCAGAAAAGAAAGUGGCAUGGAAGUAUAAAACUUCAUUGACUUGGCUCCAGAACAGAAAAUAGAGUUUUGUGAUUCUGGACCUGAAUACGGAAUGGCAUCAGAACCUUAGCUUGGAAUGGCUUGAAAUCUCAAAGGAUCUGCAAGUUGAACUGUAAGCUCCCCCUUGAGGCAAAUAUUAAAAUAAUUUUUAUAUGUUUGUUAUUUCAUUUAUAAAAUAUGCUGUGCUAAUAAUGGAGUGAGACAUGCUUAUUUUGCUAAAGGAUGCACCCAAACUUCAAGUAAAUGGGAUGGACCAUGCAGAUAAAAUUGCUAGCAACACACCAGGGAAGUAUGUGCAUUGGGAGCAGUUAUUUUUGUCUCUGUCACCUUUCAUAAGAUGUAAUCUAGUUAAGAUAAUGUAAAUGCCAUUGAAGUUUACAGUGUGCAAAAAUAUUUUCCUUUUACAUAAGUGUUUGAUAAAAAUGGACUGUUCUAGUAUUUAUUUUUAUGGUGUUUCAUUUUUCAAGACAUGCUGUUUUGAUUAAAGAAAUUUAUCACUGUCAACUGAAUUCACACACACAUAAAUACGUCGCCACAGAAAAAAGUUUCUCUUCUAGAAAUGGCUCAUCCUGUUUUUGUUUCUUUCCUUUGGGUCAGACUAUGUUUAGGAAGUCUCUGCAGAAAUCAGAAGUUACUUCAUUAACCGUGGUAUAAAUCUACUCAAAUAUUUUACUUGGAGGCAAGAAUUGUCUAAUUUCAAUUGUGCAAGACAUGUGCCUUACAAUUAUUUUGAAUUUAAAAUUUAACAGAUUUUGUAAUAACUUUGUUAAUAGCUGUGUAAACAAUAAUAUACUCAAUCUAGAACAAAACCAGUGGCAUACACAAUAUAAAUCAGAUGUCUUUAUGUGUUGCCUGUAUGACCACAAGUAGCCGAGGGUUCUGGAAUUGAUUUGGUCCCUCCCUUGCCCACAAAACAAAGAUGAUUGUUUGGAGUCUGGGACUGGUCCUGAAGGCAGAUAUCUGCAAAGUUUGCCUCAGGUCUUUCCUAGCUCUGUUGAGCCUCUAUCAGCAUAUAGGAGGGUUUUACAGUUGGGACUAGUUGAGUGGUCACUACCGGCAUGGAGUUAAGCACAGCAUACUGACUUUUCAGCAAGGAAAGAAACUGAAUUCGUGUGAAGAUGCGUUGGAGGGCAUCAGUGAUCAUGUGUUCGUUGUCCAGGGUUUGGCUAGGAGAGGAAAUGGAGGCACAUCUGUCCAAUCUUCUAGUUUCUACAAUGCUUGUGGCUCCUUCUUCUCAAGAGAGAGUUGUAACUGAGUCUGGUCUUCAAAUGCCUCUGUUCUCCUUUUAACCAAAUAAAAAGUUCCUGUUUCUGAAGAAUGAUCA